AUGCCGAACGUCCAGCGUGUCACUGAGAAAGUCUUCCAAUCACCGUCCAAGUACAUUCAGGGUCCAGCCGCCAUCAAGAAUGCCGCCAAGUACCUCGCACCCCUUGGCAAGGCGCCGCUCCUGAUCGCCGAUACCAUCGUCUAUGAAAUCGCUGGCAAGAGCCUCACCGCGGCACUCGAGCAGGGCGGCUUCAAGGUGACGCGGGGUGUAUUUGGCGGAGAGGCCUCCAACCAGGAGAUCCAGCGUCUGAGCGUGAUUGGGCAGAGCAGUGGGGUGGACUUCGUCAUCGCCCUCGGCGGCGGGAAGACGAGCGACACCGCCAAGGCGACUGCCGACCAGCUCAAGCUCGAGGUCGCGGUGCUGCCAACGACAGCGUCGACCGACGCGCCUUGCUCUGCCCUGUCCGUUCUCUACCACCCAAAUGGCGAGUUCGCCCAAUACUCGUUCUUCAUGAAGAACCCCUCGAUCGUCCUCGUCGACACGAGCGUCAUCGUCAGAGCACCACCGCGCUUCCUCGCCUCGGGCAUCGGUGACGCGCUCGCGACGAACGUGGAGGCUCGUGCCGUGCGCAACAGCCUCAACUUCGGAAAGGGCCUCCCGACAGAGGUGUCCGCCGCCAUCGGCCAGAAGUGCGAGGAGAUCUUAUUCAAGUAUGGCCGGCAGGCGGUCGAGGCGAACAAGGCGCAAGCAAUCACGCCUGCCUUUGAAGCUGUCGUUGAAGCGAACACUCUCCUCUCGGGCUUGGGCUUUGAGUCCGGCGGGCUUGCCGCUGCGCACGCGAUCUAUGAUGCGUUCACCGCCAUUGACGAUCACAACCUGCACCAAUUCAUGCACGGCGAGAAAGUGGCCUUCGGCACCAUUUGCCAACUCAUCCUGGACGGCGCGUCGACCGCGGAGCUCGAGCGCUACAUGGAACUCAUGCGCUCCGUCGGGCUCCCCAUUACCUUAGCGCAGCUCGGAAUACCGAAUGUGACUGACGAGCAGCUCCGCAGCGUCGCUCGGCUCGCGUGCGCACCUGAGGAGACCAUUUGGAACCUGGACAGGGUCCUCAGCGAUGACAUCGUGUUCAACGCAAUCAAGGGUGCCGACGCCGCCGGCCGGGACUACGAGAGCAAGGUUGCCGGGCGCUAG